CGCCAGUUCUUCCCAAAAACAGUUAUGGACCAGGUUGAAGAACAACGAUUUUGGUUGAGUUUAACCGAAGCCGAUGAGCACACAAGUACAGAAGAUGAACCUCACGGAUGUAUAGGGUUUUUGAGAAGUGUACUGGAAGUGUACUUUGGAGACAAAAUACGACAGAGCGAACAUAUAUUAUCGUCGGAAAUAGCUGAUUUAGAGGAAAAGAAGGAGGCGCUUAAAAAAGAAAUCGACACAUUAAAGAAAUCGGCUGAUUUGGAAUGGAAUAUGCAACUGAGAAACAGAAUCGAAUUCUUAAAUGCUGAAGUAAAGAAACGAGAGGAGUACAUCGCGAUACAUGAAGACCGACUUAGGAAAAUGAGGGAGGCCGCUGCUGUAUUUAAUGACAUAAGCGCAACCAAUUUUGAAACGUACAGGCAGAUUUAUCGGGACUGGCAAGAGGUCGACAGACAGUUAAAUGAAAGAAGUGCAGGAAUCAAACAGAGUUUCCAGCAAGGAGAUGGCGAGUCCCUUGUUGACACACUCACAUGGGUGCAAACAACGAUUGAAAAGAUACCCAGAAAUUGCAUCCAUGCCAACGACUUUCAGCUCAUGACUGGAGUUAUCCAAAACGCCCUACAAGGAAACCAUUCAGGAAUCCGGCCUAAUAUUGUGUUUCAACAGGAACCUAAUUGUGUUCUGCAAUAGAGACAGAAAUAUACGCUGGAAAGCCUACCCGACAUUUGUAAAUAUAUUAGCUUGUUUACCGCCUGGAAUUGUUCAUACAUGUAUAGAGUGACUUGGCUUUUAGUUUUAAAUGGAUUUAUUCUCGGUAAGGAAUAUAUGUUAAAAUGGAUGUGUAACAAUUUCUACUAACGGCAUACGAAGAAUAUUAAAUGUAAUGUGUAAAUACAAUACAAUCAAACGAUUUCAGUUACUGUGUGUUUGAAAUAUCUAGAUGAACCCUAUACCGUAUAUGUUGCUCUA